UUUUUUUUUUCUUUCAUUUUUUUUUUUUUUUACUUUCUUUCUUUGAUAAAAAUAAUAUGUUUCUUGUAAUAACAUUUGUUUUAUUACCUGGAUGUCUUCUAUUUACUCUUUAUUAUUACUAUAAUAAAGUUUAUAAUCACUUUUUUCAAGUAAUCAAAGCAAACUAUGUUCCUGAUUCAAUUGAAAUUCAAGAUCCUAUUCUUUUAAAUAUUGAAAAUGGUAGUAUACCUACUUGGUUGAAUGGCAUCAUGUAUCGUAUAGGUCCUGGUAAAUUCAAUAUUCAGCAAAAUGAUGGGUCUCUAUUCUCUAUCCGUCAUGCCUUUGAUGGGCUCCCGUUUAUGCAUCGAUUUGAAGUUUGUGGGAGAACCCAAACAUUAAAAUAUAAUUCUCGUCUUUUGGCCAAAAGUGUGGAAACAAACAUUUCAAAUAAAUCUUAUAAAGGCAUGCUAUUCUUUGGGCAUCAACCUUGCUUGAGCUUCUUUCAAUGGCUCUCUCAUUUUUGUAUUCGGUUCUAUAAGCUUGUCUUCCUUUCUGAACUAAACGACGGACUUCCCGCUGACGGGCACAUGGUCGGUGUGACGGCUACACCUAAUCUGCCUCUUCCGUCCUCCGUGAAAGGGAAUAACAAAAAUAUACUUGUAGCUAAAACAGAUGCCAAUCUAUUACAAAAGAUUCAUGCUGAGACACUAAAACCCCAACACGUUUUUGAUUAUUCUGCUUUUGAUAAACAUUUAAAUGGACAAUUUUCGGCAGCACACCAUCAAACGGAUCACUUUACAAAGGAAACUUAUAAUUUUACAUUAGCUAUCAUUCCUUAUCCUAGACUGAUAGUAUUUAAAAUCUCAAAAGACGGUGAGAAAACUACUAUUUUAGCUAAUAUCACACAUCGUUAUGAUGGAUCCCCUAUUUGUCCUUCUUAUAUUCAUUCCUUUUGGCUAACAAAAGAAUAUAUCAUUAUCCCUGAAUCUCCCAUGAUCAUAAAAAAUCGGGGUGUUGAUAUAUUAAUGCAUGGAUCCUUUAUAUCUGGUAUGAAAUGGGACUCAAAUGCUCCUACCUAUCUUCAUGUUAUUGAUCGUAAUUCAGUGGAUCAAAAUGGACUAGUAGCCUCGAUCCCUGCACCAGGGUUUUAUACAUUUCAUGUAGGGAACGGAUUUGAAUCUACUUGUUCAAAUACAGGAGAUAAGUUGCUUACCUUAAAUUGUGUAUCAUUUUCAAAUGGUGAUAUCUUACAUCAGCUUCAUACAUUUGGUGUACCACAUAGUAAAGGCCCUGAUCAACAACAACAACAAACUUAUUUAAAUGGCUUUGCCUAUCCUCCCAAAUAUCAAACUAGCUUUGGAGAUCUAAUGCAAUAUCAAUUGAAUUUAAAUCAAAUGGCACUAGUAUCCACAAAAACGUUAGCUGAAAAUAUCGAAUUCCCGCGUUUUAAUCAAAAUUUUAGUAUGACAGCUAAGCAUCGAUACAUGUAUGGCUGUCAAUUGUCAAGAUUUACAGAAAAGAGAGAUGAAAGUAUAUGUUUAAUCAAGAUUGACCUGAAUGAUCUCUCUACGACACUGUACGGUGAUGAACAAGAGGGUUUGACCUGUUCUGAACCCAUCUUCGUUUCAAGACCACCAAAUUAUAGUAAAACUGAAGAAGAAGAAGAAGAUGAUGGCGUCCUGUUAACUUUUGUCAGUGACUUCAAGUGUUGUUACUUUAUUGUAAUUAAUGCCAAGGAUAUGAAGGAAUUAGCUCGUAUCAAAAUUGGUGAUUUUACUGCUAUUACUUUCCAUGGUUCCUUUGUAGAUCAUGAAUUCAAAUCUGUUAACAUUAAUUAAAACAAUUUAUAUAUGUCUAUAAUCAUCAUUAUUUAAAGAAAGGUUUUAACUAUACAUAUUUUUGUCGUGCUCUUUAC